AUGGCAGAGAAGCGAGGAGGUCAGGUAAGAGCCGAGGUCGAAAUGGAGGCCUUUCGCAACAGUCUCACUGACUCGGGGCUUCGGGACAUGGGUUUUGAAGGUUACCCUUUUACUUGGGAAAACAGAAGAAUGGAGGGAGGAUACAUCGAGGAACGACUAGACAGGUUUGUGGGGUCGGAUAGCUGGUUGGACAAUUUCCCCAACGCCUGUGUUAGACAUUUGGACAAAACAAGGUCGGAUCAUCGACCGAUUAUAUGCGACUCACGUGGAGAAGAGGGUGAGGAACCUAAAUGGGGUUGGCACUUUCGCUCUGACCCAUUCUGGGCUUGGAAUGAGCCUGGUGCCGCUGAUAUUAUGAGCAAAAUAAAUGGAUGCAGGGGGAAACUGGAUAUUUGGAGCAGUGCCACCUUCCCAAAUUUUGGUCGGCAAAAAGCAAAAAUUAAAAGAGCAUUACGUGCACUUGAGAAGGUCUGUCGAACUCCUAGGGUGGAAGAACAAAUCUGA